UGGCAGUAGCCGUAGUUGUUUACCAUGAAGUUCUCACCCGCGGUGUCGUCCUCUCGUCGUAAGAGCCGUAAGGCCCACUUCACCGCCCCCUCUGACCAGAGGAGGAUCAUCAUGUCCGCGCCCCUCUCCAAGGAGUUGAGGGCCAAGUACAACGUGAGGUCCGUCCCCAUCCGUAAAGACGAUGAAGUCAUGGUCGUCCGUGGUCACUACAGCGAUCGCGAGGGCAAGGUCACCGCCUGCUACCGUAAGAAGUUCGUCAUUCACAUCGAGCGUCUCACUCGUGACAAGGUGAACGGCUCUCACGCCAACGUCGGUGUCCAUCCCUCCAAGGUGGUCAUCACCAAGCUGAAGAUGGACAAGGACCGCAAGGCUCUCCUUGAGCGCAAGAACCGCUCUAAGGACUCUGGAAAGAAGAGAUACACUGACAAGGACGUCGCGAUGGCUCAGGUUGAUUAAUAUGCUGCUACUAUUGAUAACAACUAAUGUGGUGAAAGCAACGGCUCGACUACCGUCACAGGCUACUGGUCCUAGC